AUGGCGCCCUCCCCUGUCCGUGACAAGGACUCCGCCGCCGCGGAGCCCAUGAUCGACCCCGAGCUCGCCGACCUUCCUCCCCCGCCGCACCACAGCAGCAAUGGAUCUAACGGAUCAACCCGCCUUCCGGGAGAGCCCACAAGCAUCACCGAGAGCAUCGCUUCGGCACCCAACCCUCACACCACCGACUUCUCCCCGUUACCGUUCACGCAGGACGAGUCGCAGAUCCCGGUGGUCGAUGACGAGCCUGGUUCACCGACGGCGCGUCUGCUUCGUGCCUUGGCGCCUCCUAACGCCGCUCAGCCGGAUCCCAAGUGGCCUCCGCCUCCCCCCAAUGCGAGUGUGAACCUCUUCAUCGGCCGUGCCCUUCUUUCCAAUGGCAAUGACAACUGGCCUCUUAAACCCAACGACAUUGUCAACUGGAUUCGCAAGCACUACCCCGAGGAGUGGGACGGAGACGAGGGACGUUGCUCCGCGCAUCGUGUCCGCACGUACCUUGCGCGUAAGGGAGCCGACAUGUACUAUGAGAAGCUCAACCAGGGCUGCAUCGCUGGCUGGCGCAUCCGUCAGAACCACCUCUGGCGGUUCGAGAACGGUGGCUUCCAGGGCCGCGGCAUGAAGCAGGAGGAGGCGAUGGCGCAGCAGGCGAAGGAGAACGAGGCAAUGGCUACGGCCGUGCACAAGGCUGCCGCUGCUGCGGCCCUCGCUCAGGGCCACCCGGGCAUCAAGGUGUCGAUGUCGAGCAGCGGACUGAACGAGUCUGCGAACAAGCGCCGCAAGCCGAACGGACAGGCCCGGCGGAAGAACGAGAAGAAGAAGCCGGAGGAGUUCGACUACUCGACAUACCAGGCGACGCCGACGUACGAGGCCGACUCGGCGGCGCUGCAGAGCCUGGAGCAGGUGGGCGAGUCAUCGACCCAGCCGGCCCAGCAGCAGCAGCAGACGACGGAGGAGCAGAACCUCGACGCGAGCCAGCUGCAGCAGGCCAUGGCUGCCGCGAACGCGGUCGCAGGCGUCGGCAGCGUGGGCCAGAUGGACGAGCUCGAGAUGGGCAUGCAGCUCCCGAUCGAGAUGCAGAUGCACUCGGAGAGCCACGACGACAGAGAAUACUACGACGGCAACUAUGCCCAGGGCUACGGCGAGUAUAAUCAGCAGCAGUACGGAGACGGAUACCAGCAGCAGUAG